AAAAAAGGGAAAAACAAAAAAGGGAAGAUCCGAAAAUUUUCCCACGAAAAUCUCAGAUUCUGGGAAAAGAAAAGGGAAAUUAAGAAGAUCGUUUUUUUCAGUUUUAACAUUUGUUUCUUCUUUCAUCGGAGAAAAGGAACAAAUCUAUUUACUUAUUUUAAUAAAUCACAGAUUUUCCUUUUUGUUUUGUUUAUCAUUGUGAUCAUCGUUCCCUACUUAAACACACUCUAUCUCUUAUUUUUUUCUCCUCGAAAGAUAAGAGACGAACAAGAGUUUUCAAUCUUUCUGGGUUGUGCUAUAACGAGCCAUGUCAGAAACUCAGAACUCAACUGCGUCGGUUCAAUCUUCCGACAAAACUGACGAUACCUUUACGAGGAUGAAAGUUAAUGAAGAGAACAUGGAGCAAUCAAGUCCGAAUGCUGAUCGUCCCGGUGAACGAGAUUGCCAGUUCUUUCUGAGAACUGGGCACUGUGGUUACGGAAACAGCUGUCUUUACAAUCAUCCUUUUACUCAUCUUCCACAGGGUGUCUUUUAUCACAGAGAUGAUUUGCCUGAGAGGAUUGGAGAGCCAGACUGUGAGUAUUAUCUGAAGACAGGAGCAUGUAAGUAUGGCUCAACGUGUAAGUAUCACCACCCAAAAGACAGGAACGGUGCUGAACCCGUGCUGUUUAAUGUUCUCGGUUAUCCUAUGCGAGAGGGUGAGAAGUCGUGCCCAUAUUACAUGCAGACAUGGAUGUGCAGAUUCGGAGUUGCCUGCAAAUUCAAUCAUCCUCAGCCUCAUAACGGCCACUCUACUACAUGUGGAAUGUCUAGUUUCCCUUAUCCCGGUGGCUUGACGAUGAUGUCUUUGCCUCCUGCAACGUACGGAGUUAUGCCACCUCCUCAGGCCUACAUGCCCUUCAUGUUUGCACCUCCUCAAGGCUGGUUGCCUUACAUGGCUGGAUCUAAUCCUAUUUAUAAUGUGAAAACUCAACCUGACUCCAGUUCUGAAAGAGCUGAGUGUAGGUUUUUUAUGAACACGGGAACGUGUAAAUAUGGAGAUGAUUGCAAAUACAGUCAUCCGAAAGAAAGGGUGUUACAGUCACAACCAAAUCUCUCACACCAUAUUGUUGUUCUUCCAGAUAGACCAGGACAACCUGCUUGUGGUAACUUCAAGGCCUAUGGUUUCUGCAAGUAUGGACCAAACUGCAAGUAUGAUCAUCCGGUGGCAUUAAACCCUUACAACAGUACAGGUGUGACCAUGCCUUCUCUGCGUACUGCUUAUGCUUCACCUGUCUCCACUCAACCGAGGACCUCACCACAGCCAAGCGGCUCUGACGCAACUGCCAUCUCCAGUGGUGAUAAACCUGCUACGGAGAAUCACAGCUCAGAGAUUGAGAAACAAGACAAAGAUAGUGCGGACAAGUCUGAAGUGCAGGACUCACCACCGCCAAGCAGCUCUGAUACAAGUGCCAUCUCCAAUGGUGAUAAACCUGCUGUGGAGGAGAAUCACAGCUCAGAGACUGAGAAACAAGAUGAUAUAUCGGACAAGUCUGAAGUGCAGGACUCGGAACAACUUAGCCGCUCUGAUUCAACCGCCUUGUCCAAUGGUAAAACUGAUGCAGAGAGUCCAAGUUCAGAGACUAAGAAACUGGAAGAAAAUGUUUCAUCAGGUAAUGCUUGA